AUGCAGAACAUGCACAUCAGUCAUCGAUAUGCGCUGCCCCAGCGAAUGCCCCCGUCUCGACGCAAAAUGUACUUCAGCCCAGGCGUUAACUCGAGCAACGAUCAUGGCAGGAAUGCUGGCAUGGAGUCGAGCUUCAAUCAAAACCAAAUGCACAAAAAUCAGAAUCAAAUUCACCAUCUGUACCCGUACCAGACGUACUGCAAUCAAGGCAACAUGACGGACAACGUUGGGGAUCACAACCACCAGAACCAGAUGCCAAGAAAAGAGAUAUACAAUUUGAGUCGCAAUGGAGAGCAGUGUGCUCGUCAUCCAAUGUACUAUAGCCGUGGCCAUGCCCAGGACUCCAAGCACUGGCGCACCCAAAGCCAGUACAUUCGUUGCCCUCGUAACGGAUCGGUGGACAAAUCGAGCAGCAAUCCAGAUGAAAUCCAAGUCAAGUACCCCAUUGUGCCGUUGUUCUUCCGCCAGUCGGACGACCACUGGACGUCGGCCAGACCCAAGCUGAAUGCUGCCGCUGUGGCCUUUACCAUGAAAGGAGCUGGACUCAAUUCAGGACCAAGGAUAUCUCUGCCCACUGCCAUCGAUUUGACCGUGGGCCUUGUGACCAAACCCACUUGGCGUACUGCUCCGGCAGUUGGCCACCUUUUGCCAUCGGCGAAACGCUCCCAGCUGAAUGCUGCGGCUCCCGAGUUUCAGCCUGGGCUUCGGGGAUAUCAGGGAUCAACGCAGGCACUACGGGGAACACAAGUUGGAGUCAACCCAACCAUGGGCAUGGACCUAAAUGGUAUGCCGCCAUCGAUUCAGGAAUCGCAGUAUUCUCACAACCUCCCUGAGACUACUCAGUGCUACCCCGCGACCACCCGUCAGAAUAAGCGCUACCGCAAGCAGCCAUUGCCGGACCUUUUCGCCCCCGUGCUGGCUCUUAUGCGGGGCAGCAAGCGAUCCGUCAGUUAUCCGGAGAUCAUCAAUGCGCUGUCGGUGCGGCUCCAGCGACCGGAGGUGGAGCUUAAGCGCCAUGUGCCACACACACUGCAAUUGGCCGUGCACAAUGGGUACUUGAGCAAGCUGGGCAAUCGAUAUACUCUGCGGUCGGAGAAGGAGCAUUUGGAGAUCAUGCGUCGCAACAAGGAGGCCGCUCUUCGUGCAAAGGAGCUCGAAAAGGAGCCCCUCUCCUGGCGCAAACGCUAG